AUGGGCGCCUGCGCCGCUUCCCCGCGAUCCACGGAGCGCCCAGAACGCGCCGAUGCCUCGCCGUCUUCCAGGACGCCAACCCUGCUCAUGCCGGCGAAGGAGAUCAAGCAAGGAGGCAUCGGGCACGCGCAGUUUAUCCUCGACAAGCCGGGUAAGAUCCAGGAUGACGUGUACCACAUGGAGCAACAGACCCUGGGCCAGGGGACUUACGGCUCGGUGUGCAAGGGCAGGCACAAGGUGACCAAGGCGGUGCGCGCCAUCAAGACGAUCCCGAAGGGAAAGAUGCGCAACAUCGAGCGCUUCAAGAGGGAGAUCGCCAUCAUGAAGAUGAUGGACCACCCUGGUAUCGUGAAGCUUUACGAGACGUUCGAGGACAUCGACCAGCGUAACAUCUACCUGGCCAUGGAGCUCUGCGAGGGCGGGGAGCUCUUCGACAAGAUCAUCGCCUCUGGCCGCUUCGCGGAGGUGGAGGCCGCCCACGUCAUGCAGCAGGUCCUCCGCGCGAUCUUCUACAUGCACAUGAAUAGGAUUUGCCAUCGCGAUCUCAAACCCGAGAACUUCCUGCUGUUGACUAAGGAUACUGAGCCCAUACUCAACAAUGUGUUAAAGAUCAUAGACUUCGGCCUCUCCCACGACUUCAAGCCUGGCGAGUUCAUGUCCACCAGGGCCGGGACGCCCUUCUAUGUGGCCCCAGAGGUGCUCACCAGCAGGUACACCGAGCGGUGCGACCUUUGGAGCGCGGGCGUGAUCAUGUACGUGCUCUUGUGCGGCUACCCGCCCUUCAGCGGGAAGAGCGACGGCGAGGUGCUCUCCAAGGUGAAGCAGGGCUGUCUCCACUUCAGCCACCGGGACUGGAGGAACGUCUCCGACGACGCCAAGGACCUCAUCCGCAUGCUGGUGAAGACCAGCCCGCAGGAGCGCCUGUCGGCCGAGCAGGCCCUGCAGCACGCCUGGAUCGCGCAGAAAGCGCCCAAGGCUGCCAGCGUGACCCUGGAGGAGAAGCUUCGUGGACAGGCUCCGGGCCUUCCGGGCGCAGAACAAGUUCAAGAAGGCGGUGCUCCACGUGAUCGCGGGGCAGCUGAGUUCCGAGCAGAUUCGGGGCCUGCGCAACAUCCCGGACGACGUCAGCCCUGUGUACCAGACGAGCUCGAUCCACACCGCCGCCCGUACCAGCACCCGUGAAAGCGUGCAUCGAACAGGUCUGAUACAGAUGACACGAGCGCCCAAUUCUGUUCUCGUGACCGUGCGCUCGACCUCUGUGCGCGGGCUGGCGCCGUCCGGUGCGUCUACACGUCGCUGGACGCGAACGGCGACGGGCUGCUGACGCUGGCGGAGCUCAGCGGGGGGCUGCAGCAGGCCGGGCUGGAGGUGGGCGGGCGGGACUUGCAGGAGCUCGUGGAGAGCAUCGACGCGGACGGCAGCGGUGUGAUCGACUACACCGAAUUCCUGGCGGCGACCCUGGAGCAUCGCCAGUACAUCCAGGAGGACGUGUGCCGGAACGCCUUCAGCGUCUUCGACCUCAACAGCGACGGGAAGAUAUCCCGUGAGGAGCUGCGGAGGGUGCUCAACUCUGGCAGCGAGAGCGUGACCAGGAUGACCGAGAGCAAGAGCAUGGAGCUGGUCUGGAAGGAGGUCGACUCCAACAACGACGGCUCCAUCGACUUCGAGGAGUUCCUGGCCAUGAUGCGGGGCGCGGGGGAGGGCCUCUGACGUGCGAGGCGCGCCCCGGGGCAGGCUCGGCCCCGGGCCCCGAGGGCGCCCCCCCGGCGCCUGCUCUCCGCAGUGGCCCCUCCGGCGGCAGAGGUCGUGGGCCGCGCACUGCCCCCCCUGCAGUCGCCGCAGUACCUCUGCAGCACCCUCAGAGUACCCUCUGCCCGUUUCCUGCAGGGGGGGCCCUGCAGCAGUGGCACCGGAUGCGUGCCCGCUCAGGCCGCUCCACACGCCGAGCGGUUUUCGCCACGAGCGCGAGCGAGCCGCCCAAUGACAGCGGCUCGACGUGACAAUCGCGGUGGUGCUUCGCCUGCCCUGUGCCCCCGACGCCCCCGAGGCUCGCCUCGAGAGGGAUCCGGGCUGUCAGCUGAAGGCAUCUCGAUGAGGGGGUCGCGCUGAGCAGAUUGUUUUUAACAUGUCGGAGGGCCGGGCACAAGCCACCCGGGCGCCCCCGCGGCGCGGACCCCCUCCCCCGAGAUGAGCGCC